GUGCCGUUAUAAUGACUGGAAGGUUGGCAUCUUCUGUAAUCACGCUUCUGUGAGGUCGGGUUGUGGAAUGGCCUGAGGCCGGGAGUUCUGUGUGGUGAACCAGUUCAUGUUGACGGAACGUCCGCACUAAGCUUGCCAUCAAUAUGGGUGCCAUGGAGGAGUCCUUGGCAUUCAGGUUGGCUAAGGAGGGAUGAACCGGGCCAGGGGUGAAAACCAGCAGCCAAGAGUUCCCGUGGUAGGCAGUAGUGGGAUAGCGUACCGGAGUGAAAUGCCACUACCAGCCCGGCCAAUACGGUUGGACCACAAUCUUUUGCAAAAUAUUUUAAACACUGAUUUUAAAUAUUUAAUUUAUUAGAAUUUUUAUUGAAAAUUACCAUUUUUGCUUUUUAACUGCUUGCUUAUGACCUUAAAACCCUACAACUCAAACUCAGCUGUCACUAGGCUUGUUUAAAUACUUUUCGAAAACUGCCACUAAAUAGGGUUAUCGAUUCUAAUACAAAUAUAUUGUAAACAUUGAUACUGAAAUCAGGGGAGUUUUAUUAAUUAAUUAUUUUGCAUCAAUAAAAUAGUUUAAUUUUUAAAUUCGUACACUUUAUACACCAAAUAUUCUCUAUAUUUAUGGUGUCAUAUUUCAAAUGUUAGCAGAUAAAUAGUUAAAAUUUCGAGCAGUGUUUUUAUAAUUGGCCACUCUGCUUGGCGGAGAUGGCGGAACUUAUUUGCCGGUAAAAUACGACACUGCAUCUCCAAUAUGGAAGGAAGUACUACAGGUGACAUUGCAGAUUUGGGCGGUUAGACGCGUUUUAAAACAAGAAGACGAUUUUUCUUUGAGCGAAUUGAAAUGGAUCCUUUGGACGUGGAACUGCAUAAUCUGCACGGUGAAGUUUCGCCCGAAAGCGAUAUAAAUAAAUCAUUCGUUAUAAAUGGAAAUACUGAUGAUCUCGAUAAAGCGCUAAUCCAGUAUAUAACCACCGAUAGUAGGUUACUUUUUGUUGAGCGCGAGGAGACCUGGAACGAGUUCCAUGCAACGAAUUUAUAUAACACCGAAGAAUUCAGUGAAUAUACCAUAGAACAACUGUGUGAUCAUUUCCAACAAAAAGUUUUACCAAAUAUCAAUACUUACGAAUUGACGCCAAUACAAAAACAAAUGUUGAAAUUAUUGAAUUUACAUCCAGAAUACGAACAGACACCCACUGGCUAUACACGCAUGUCUGCCGAUCGACGGAUUGGCUUUAAUCGGUUGCCCAAAGAAGGCGACGAUUUUUUAUUGGUCAAACAACCGCAUCAAUUGCGCCAGCUGUUGAAAAAAUUUCCCGUCACCGACACAGAAUUUGAUGCGAAUAAAGAAUUCGAUUUAACGAAGCCGGCAAACGAGCCAACUCACACCCUACUGUUACGUUGUCCUUACGAGCGUCAGGGUACUGGUUACGAGUUCAAGUUUACAAAAGAAAACGCUGCACUACUGUCCGCUGCCCUGUCCAAUGACUUCGAAUUAUCCGGUCGAACAUUGCUGGAACCAAAAGAACUGCAUAAGCGUUUGCGAGAGGCAAAGCGGAACUUCGAGCAACACGCCCGAAUGCCCGAAAACUGUGUAGAAGCAGAUAAAUUAGUCGAAAAAGUUAAAAAGCUAAAGACUUUGCGUGAAGCUGUAGUGGAUGUAGUAGCAAAUCGAUUUUAAUAUAACAAACCCUUAAUACCAUACUUCGGAUUAGAUAAACCAUUUAGAACUCAAAUAAAAUGAA